CAACCUAAGUAAUUGUGCCAUAUUUGCAAGAGAAUUUCGGUGAUUAUCUUGGUGUCGUUACUUCAACCUUCGCUCAAAAUCCUGCAAAAUGCGUGAAUGCAUCUCAAUCCACGCCGGCCAAGCCGGUGUUCAGAUGGGCAAUGCCUGUUGGGAGUUGUAUUGUCUUGAACACGGCAUUCAACCAGAUGGCCAAAUGCCCAGUGAUAAAACUAUUGGUGGUGGAGAUGACUCCUUCAAUACGUUCUUCAGUGAGACUGGCGCUGGAAAACACGUUCCCAGGGCCGUGUUUGUUGACUUGGAGCCAACUGUUGUUGAUGAAGUCCGAACUGGUACUUAUCGGCAAUUAUUCCACCCCGAACAGCUGAUAACAGGCAAAGAAGAUGCAGCAAAUAAUUAUGCUCGUGGUCAUUAUACUGUUGGGAAAGAACUCAUUGAUCUAGUAUUGGAUAGAAUUCGUAAAUUGGCAGACCAAUGUACAGGUCUCCAAGGUUUUCUCAUCUUCCAUUCGUUCGGAGGCGGUACUGGCUCUGGAUUCUCUUCUUUGCUCAUGGAGCGGCUAUCUGUCGAUUAUGGCAAGAAAUCCAAACUCGAGUUUUCUAUCUACCCUGCGCCCCAAAUCUCCACCGCAGUAGUUGAACCCUACAACUCCAUCUUGACAACCCACACCACCCUCGAGCAUUCAGAUUGUUGUUUCAUGGUCGACAACGAGGCCAUCUACGAUAUCUGUCGUCGUAACCUCGACAUUGAACGGCCAACCUACACCAACCUUAACAGAUUGAUUGGUCAGAUUGUAUCGUCAAUUACCGCCUCUCUUCGUUUCGACGGGGCACUGAAUGUUGAUCUCACUGAAUUCCAAACCAAUCUUGUCCCCUACCCACGAAUCCAUUUCCCCCUCGCGACGUAUGCCCCAGUAAUUUCUGCAGAGAAAGCCUACCACGAACAACUGUCCGUUUCCGAGAUCACCAACGCGUGUUUUGAACCAGCCAAUCAAAUGGUGAAAUGUGAUCCACGUCAUGGUAAAUACAUGGCUUGCUGUUUGUUGUAUCGUGGUGAUGUCGUGCCUAAAGAUGUGAACGCCGCCAUCGCAACCAUCAAGACCAAGCGUACCAUUCAGUUUGUAGAUUGGUGUCCAACUGGCUUCAAGGUUGGUAUCAACUACCAACCACCAACUGUGGUACCAGGAGGUGAUCUGGCCAAGGUACAGCGUGCUGUGUGUAUGUUAAGUAAUACCACAGCAAUUGCUGAGGCGUGGGCAAGAUUGGAUCAUAAAUUUGAUUUGAUGUACGCCAAACGUGCUUUCGUUCACUGGUAUGUUGGUGAAGGAAUGGAGGAAGGAGAGUUUUCUGAAGCUCGCGAAGAUUUGGCAGCCUUGGAGAAAGAUUACGAAGAAGUUGGGGUUGAUUCUACUCCAGACGGAGAUGAAGAUGAAGAAGGGGAUGAAUAUUAAAUGACAUCUCUUUAUGCAUUGGUGUGAAAAUAGAAAAUUGUGAUCUAUUUCUUUUUAAACUACAAAUAAUAAAUUUGGUCUUUAAGCUUCUGCA